GUGGGUAUAAGGUGGAAACAAUUAUGCAUAACCAAAAUUUAAAACCCGUAUCCAUGUCGUCUGCAAUUACGGGAGUGUUUGCAAUUGCUUCAACUUUAAAGAAGUGAUUUUUUAAAGUGAUUUUGGGAAAAGUGAUUAAUAGUAAAAGUUGGUAGUGUUUGAAGAAAAAGUGAUUCUGAAAAAGUAAAAGUUGGUAGUGUUUGGUAAAAGAAGUACUUUUUGUGUAAUAGAAAAAGUGAAAAACAGUUUAAAGCACCCUUCCACCUGCUUCCAGCUUUUAGCUUUUAAGUGAUUAAUUUAAGCAGAAAUUGUCAUUUGAAAACACUCUUUUUAACUUUUUUAAGCCAAAAGUUGAAAAGAAACUUUUUUUUAAUCAAAUACAAACACUCCUUACGUACUUGUCAUUAUAGUGACAGACAGAAGAAGUGUCAUUUGGGUAGACAAGUUGAUGCUUUUUCAAAACCACUCGAGCGAAGUUUCGUAUCAGGUUUCUUCUUCGCGGUCCUCUUAUAGUGCUAGGUUUAUCAGCUCGGCCACUUAACCGUAACAAGGCUAACAAAUUCUGUAAACUCGCCAUGGAUGUUGAGGCCGCGGAGCUCCAGGACUGGGAAGUUCUCUUACCCGACCCGAUUUCGGCUGAUUCGGGUUUAGGUGAUUCUGAUGAGAGCCCAAAGGCUUUAGAAGAAAUCGGAGCCGACUCUGUAGGUACUAUACAUGCCAAUUACUUCUCUUUAGGUACUAGGGAGAGUUAUAUGGGCAGUGUUGCUGAUGUCAAUGUGAGCGAGGCGGGUUCCGAGGCCUCUGACAGUCCGAGUUGGAUUGAUCCCAGGUCGGAGGCCGGAUACCCGAGGAAGGAAUCCGGAGAGUCUUGGCCCGACUCGGGCAGUGACGGGUCGGAGGAUCGGACGUUUGAGGGUAAAGGUGAAAUGGGUGUUCUCCCGAAAGAACCGGUUCGAGAGGGUUUUGAUGGGAUCCAGGAGAUAAGAUGUGGGUGCGGGAAGAACGAUUCUGGUGAUGGAUUGAAGAUUGAGCAGUUUGAAGAGUCCCCCGGAAUUGAAGGAGAUGCAGAUUUGGAAGCUGCGGGACAAAAGAACGAAUCUGAAGCUGUGGAAAGUGCGUGGAAGAAGCCAGAUGAAGUAAAGAGGAGUAGAAGUGUGGUGUGGUGGAAGGUACCUUUUGAUUUUCUCAAGUAUGGUGUUGUGUUCAGAUCUAGUCCUAUCUGGAACUUCUCGGUGGCUGCGGCUGCUGCUUUAGGCCUUGCUUUUUUGGGCCAAAGGUUGAUGUAUAAGAUGAUGUUGAAUAAGAAGAAGAAGAAAGUCAAGAACUUGGAGCUGAAUAUCACAGUGGAUGACAAGAAGGUGUCUCAGUUCAUGAGCGGUGCCACACGUCUUAAUGAAGCAUUUUCCAUGGUGAAGCGGGUCCCUGUGAUCCGAUCACAGUUGCCGGCAGCUGCAGUUAUUCCAUGGCCUAUAAUAGCUUUGGUAUAGGAUGUAAAAACGUUUCAGGGAAACAUGGUUUAUAUAAUUCUCUAUGUUGUAUUUUGUGCUUUUGUAUAAUAUACACUCCUUAUACUAUGUACGUAUACCCUACCCUACACAUGAAUCAACUUCAGUGUAAACGUCAGCAGACAUGUGUACAGUUCGGAUGCUACUCCGUAUUUUAUACUACUCACUAUCUGCUCUUGUUGUCAACACAGGUUAGUGCUCCUACUAAUUAGCUACUGUAAUGAAGUGAAGUAGUAAUAAAAUCCCGAUUCCCGUGCAAAAUGUUUGUGGCAUCUUACACUGUCCACCACCUUGGCUCACUAUAUUUCACAGUGCUCAUCAUAUCACAUCACUUGUGUAAA